CAACUGCGUCCAUUAACUUCACCGGUAGCCGUAGAAAUUAAAGAAGGGGUUGUGGAAAAUCAGUAAUCAUCCAUCUUACUGUUUAUAAUCGUGAAAAAAUUUACAAUGAAAAGUUUUCUUGGAAAGUUUUUAUUUCUUUUGUUGUUGGUUUUACCAACAACCCUGAUGAUAUUUGAAACUGGAAAGUCAAUAGCUUUAGCUGCAGAAGAUGGAGGGGGUGAUGCUAUGGAAGGUGAAGAUGAAGAUGUUAAUGUAGAGACUGAGGAUGGAGCCGAAGAACCUGAAGCUGCUGUAACAGAAACAGAAAAGGGAGAGGAAGAGGAAGAAGAGACACUACAAUUAAAACCUUCAGAAGAUGCAGAUGUUAUAACACUUUUUACCAAGCCCACUGGAACAACAGAUUUGCCAGCUGGUAAACUAGUGAGAUUCCUGGUAGGAUUUACAAACAAAGGAGACAAAAAGUUCACUCUAGAAUCAUUAGGAGCAUCAUUCCGUUAUCCACAAGACUACAACUUCUUCAUCCAAAAUUUCACUGCAGCCACUUACAACAUGGAAGUUGAAGCCAAGCGUCAGGCUACUGUCGAAUAUGCAUUCAGUCCACCAGAAUCAUUCGCUGCAAGACCAUUUGGAUUGACAAUCCUUCUCGACUACAAAGAUGAGGAUGGCAAUGCAUUCCAGAAUGCUGUGUUUAACGAGACAGUGAAUAUAAUAGAACCUGAUGAAGGAUUAGAUGGUGAAACAUUUUUCCUGUAUGUAUUUUUGGCAGCAUUAGCCGUAUUACUUAUGGUAGGAGCACAACAAUUCCUUGGAACUUUCAGUAGAAAGCAUCUAUCAAAACCAAAACCAAAGGUAGAAAUGGGAACACAGAACUCAGAUAUUGAUUAUGACUGGAUCCCAAAGGAAGCCCUUCAAAAAAACUCCCCUGGCCGCUCUCCGAAACAAUCGCCGAGACAGAGGAGGAGCAAGAGAGCCACAAGUUCAGGCGAAGAAUAAUUCGAGAGUUGCUGUGUAUCAUAGAAAUGUCACUUAAGCUCAAACUAUUAAUCCCUUUUCAGCGAAAGUAUAGUAGUUACAUAGACUGCAAGGCUAUUAUUAAAUUGUUCACAAGAAAUCAUGUUAUUCUCUAACUCGACUUGCUGUUAUUAAGUUUGUUUUUAAAUUAUUCCGCAACUCAGAAAGAUAUUGUAUAUAAAAAUAUUUGUUUUGAUAAAAUAGGUUGUUUAAAUCAUUUUCAUUUAAAUUUUACAGCCAACUUAUUGUAUUACAUUUUAUUGUUGCAUGUCAUGAUCAGAAAAUUGACCAAUCAUAUUAUUAAGAAAAUGCUAGCUUUACAUGUUUUUAAUUUUUGACACCUUUUAGAUUUAUGUCAGGAAAAUGUUUUCUACAUCAGGUCAUAAGUUUGGCUAUAUUCAAAGAGCUAAUCUAUCAUUAAACCAUUGUUGGAAGAUUGUAUAAAAAUUGUUGAAAGUUUUAAAAUUUUAUCAAAACAAGUACUUUGAGAGUGAGAGAUUGAUUGAAAGUAUUAUGCAAUUGUGAUUUUGUAAAUUGUGAUAGUUAUUUUGAGCAUGACAACAUUUGACUUGGAAAAACCACCUUUUCUGUAUGAUGAUAUACUUAUUGUGAAUGUAGUCUAUUUAGCGCCAGUAUUAAGAAAGUAAUUUUCCUGGGAGUUUCUGUGGGCAGUUCCAAAAUAAAAUGCAUGGGAGGCACUUUUCUAGACCCCAACCACCCUUAAGAUAAGAUUUUUAUAUUACUUAUAAUUCUUACCAAAUUAUAAGGAAAAUGCAACCACCCAUAAUUUAUUUAUUUGAGUACCUCCCAUCACUCCCACCACAAUUAAUUUUGGAACAGCCCUGUAGGAAAAUUUUUGUACCAAAAAUUACCGAAGUAAAAUAAAAAUAUAUUAUAUCCUCUACAAAGCUUUUUUGCAUUUAUAAAGUGAGAAUGUGAAAGACUUUCAUAUGUACAUUAAAAAAAAUCAUGGACCCUUAAUACCAUUUACUAAGGGUUUAAGGAAGUUAAAUCUGCAUCUUAAUUCCAUGCAUAAUUUAAAAAGUGCUGUAUUUCCUGAACUGUUAAGAUUUAUUCCAUAUAUGGCAGCAUAGAAAUGAAUAAAUGAUUUUAAGUGUUUAGAGUUAAAUGUUCUUAUUUACAGUAGAAUACAUCAACAUUUCAUACUUGUUGAACCAGUACAAGUUCCAAAUGAUGAAAAUACAUAUUGUGUGGUCUAACAUAUCAUGCAUUAAAUGAAUUGAUUACAGGUUAUUGUAUGAAUGCUGUAUGAUUGAGUUGAGGUUGUGAAUAUGUUCUGGGUGAUGGUACAUUCCAAACUUCUUUUUUCUAGUCAUGCCUUCCUGUUAAAUAAUUAGUUCUGGUAUCUGUUUAAUGAAUGGUAGUAAUAAAAUUAUUCUGUGCCAACUUCUGUUAAAGUUGAGCAUUUACCGAAAAGGAAUUAUCAAAAUGCACUAGCUUUAAUUUAAUUCUUGCUUAUUUGUGUUUAUAUAUAACUUGUCUUUUAGAAAAUUUGCAGUUAUGUGAAUUUAUGUAUAGGUUGACCAAUUUGAAAUUUGUCUGAACCUAAAGUUAUCUGAAGUGUGUCAUAUGAGACAUUACAACCAUUUCUUACAGUGCAUGUAUCUGAAAUCUAUAUGACUUAAAUGCUAGUUUAUAUCGUCAAACUUGAGAAAAGGGGUGCUUUUUGUUCAUUAAAUUUUCUUUCAAAUUGAUUACAAUCAUGCUACAAAAUGUGUACCAACUUAGAUUUCAACCAAACUAGCCUAUGCAACAUUUUUUUUUUAAUUGGCAUUGAAGAUGUAUAUGAUGACAUGUAUCAAAUUUAUUAGGACUGGAAAGGAGUCUUGUCCAACUAAGGAUCUACUGUUUUAAACUGAUAUUUGGUGCUGAGCUUCACCAGUUAAUCAUGUGAUAUUUUACUGAAAGGAAGUUCAAAAUGAAUGCUCUGUAAUCUUAUGACUCUGCAAGUUUAAUGACAGUUGUCAAUUGUGAGAUUGUUACACAGUAUCAUUUGUAUACAUGACGAGUUAUUAUGGUCUCAAAAAGAAUUUUACAUUAAAACAAUAAAAUUAUCUGUACAAGA